UCUUUUCAUUUGUUAUUUUAUUUUAGUUGAAGUAUGGAAGGUUGUAUGAUCUAUAGUUCAAACUCGUCGCUCGCCAUUAUAACAAGUGUCCACCCGAAAACCUGUAUGUUAUUUAGUAGAGAAUAGGACCCGUCGUAAGCGAAGUGCGGAACCAGAAUAAAGCAUAAACGUCAGCGUGCCUGUUUGGGAUAACACGCGGGACGGGUUUGGCUUGCCAUUGCGCGUGCGCAUGCGCCUUCGCCCGUGAAGAUGUGCGCGAGAGACGGCGACCUCCUCGCGCUUGCGCCCGUUCUAUUUGUGUUCGCCUUCGUCACUCGGAACGCCUUCAGUCAGUCGCAAAGCUCGGUCGGCCGCCCGGCGCGUCUUCGCCGCGCGCCGAAAUACUAGUCCGUCGCGCUGGACCGCGGGUGGCCAGCGCGCAGCCAUGGCUGCUCCGCCGCCGCGACCGCCACCUAACAACCUGUUGUUUUGCGGGCCCCCACCUGCCCUGCCGCACGUGGUGCUCUUGCCCAGUGAUGUCGUCCGUGACAUUUGUGACGUCGACGCUACCGCCGAUGCUGAUCACAACCAAACAAACGAUGCAUCAGCCUUGAACGAAAUAAACAACGUGGGUGUACCGACAUACGAAACGCUUUACGAAAACCAUGACGACAAAGGUGUUCUGCAAACUGAUAUGGACAAUGAGCAACAGUUCCAACCAGAAGGAUAUAUUUUAAGAAGAACUCAUAGUUUCGACAUUUCGGACAUAUUUUCGUCUCCGUCUGAUGUUGAUUGUAGUGCUCUUCGACACAGGCGAUCAGAACCAGAUUUAUCAAAGUAUGGAUUAUUCGUGGAAGCUGAAAUAUCUGUUGAACCCAUUGGUCCUCUACAACCAGCACCGCUAGUUCUUAAUAAUCCGUUUUAUGACGGAACAUACGCUUUAGAUCCUAAUCAGAUAAACAACACUAUGGUUGUUCUUCCUGAAAACUAUUUGGCUUUUGAAGAUUCAUUUGUGCCAACCUGGGACUAUAAACCUGAACUACUAGUCGAUUGUAAUUUUAAUCCUGAAUUAUAUUAUGAUAGGUUACCUAUGAUCCCACCGAAUGAUCCUUGGUCUACGUACGGGACAGAUAAUUCGGCGUUUGAAUACUAUCCUCCACACUUUGAGACUCCUAUUGGAGAUCAGGAUGCUAUUCAUUAUAUGCCUUUGACUGACUUAGAAUAUGCAAUACCUCAGUACAUGAGCUUACCUGUAGUAGAACAAGCCAAGAUCGAAUCAUUUGAUGACAAUUCGUGUCUUGAAGAACUCGCAACUGCAAUAAUUGAUGAUCCUAGUGAGAAUAAUACUGAAGAAUGUGAAAAUUUGUCUGAAGAAGCAUUAGUGGCUCGCGAAACGGCUGUAGUGAGUAAUAUAGUGAGUGACGAUGAAAAAGUGAAUGUAGUUGAAACUCUCAAUAGAGAAUCUUCCACGGAAGAAUCUUUAAAUGCUGAUAUUUCAAAUGAUAUAACAUCUAGUUUAGCGUUCAUACCUAGCAGCAAAUGUUCACCACAAAGAUUACAUGGUAUCGCUGGCGAUGAUACAAGUAAUGACACCUCACCAUGUUCAACAGAUUAUCACGAAGCAUCUGCUCUAGAUUUAGUACAAAGUCUCGAUGAAUUAUCAUGUUGUGAUAGUGAUUAUUCUCAAAGUAGAGAUGACACAUCUCCAGUUAUACCUGAUCCUCCUAAACCUAGUGCAGUUACUAAAAGUGAAACUAUCAAAGAGUCUAAUAAAACGGACGAAAUGCAACAUUUGCCUUUGAGUACAACGACAAUGGCCAAUCUACCUCUUAGCCAAUUGCCAUCCAUUCCACUUCAAGAUCCAUUACCUACGAAACUACCUCCUGUACCUAAUUCAUUACCAAAUCAGGAAACACAAUUCGUUGAACCUCCUAAAAAUCAAAGUGUGAUAACGGCUGAACCUGCUUCAUCGAGUUUAAAUUCGAACAGUAAAAAAACGAAUGACCAGCCACCAGAAAAACAUAUACCUGAGGAAGUAAAGAGUACCACCAGCAACAAGCAAGUGUUACGACAGGCGCCUCAACCACCUGCUGUCCCACCCGCUUGGUUGGCUCCCAAAAGGCCGUUUAAUGAGGUCACACCAAGUGGACCCCAGUCAGCACCUCAAAUACGUGUACAGAAUGCGGAAGGUCAGCCAGUGAGUGCUCCGAAGAGUCCAAAACCCUCUCCGCAAGCACCCCCCAAUGCAAACCACCAAGUGGAGCCUCAACCUUCUUGCUCAUAUCAACCGCCACGCCUGCCUCCGCCUGUGUCCCAGCUAAAGCUUGACAAGCAACCCAAGGAAGUAGAGAGCUCCCGGGCACGCUCCUCCGUCAAGGACGACAAGGACGGACACCUGGUGUACUGGCCCGGCUAUGUCAUGGGAGCGAGAUACAAAAUCAUCGACACACUCGGUGAGGGCACCUUCGGCAAGGUGGUCGAGGUGAAGGAUUUAGAAAUGGAGCACAGAAUGGCUCUGAAGAUAAUCAAGAAUGUUGAGAAGUACAGAGAGGCUGCGAAACUAGAGAUAAACGUACUAGAGAAAUUGGCAGAAGUUGACCCAGAUUGUAAGAACCUAUGUGUAAAGAUGUUAGACUGGUUCGAGUACCACGGACACAUGUGCAUCGCAUUCGAAAUGCUCGGACAGAGUGUAUUUGACUUCCUGAAAGACAACAACUACCAACCCUACCCGCUGGAGCAAGUGCGGCACAUCUCGUACCAGCUCAUCUACAGCGUGCUGUUCCUGCACGACAACAAGCUCACGCACACCGACCUCAAGCCGGAGAACAUACUGUUCGUCGACAGCGACUACGAGGUCGUCAACGUGUACACGAGCUCCAAAAAGAGUCACGAUCUGCUGCGUGUGAAGCGGAGCGACGUGCGACUAAUUGACUUCGGCAGCGCAACCUUCGACCACGAGCACCACAGUACCAUUGUCUCGACGCGCCACUACCGCGCGCCAGAAGUCAUAUUAGAAUUAGGUUGGUCGCAGCCGUGCGACGUGUGGUCCAUCGGCUGCAUCAUGUUCGAGCUGCACCUCGGCAUCACGCUGUUCCAGACGCACGACAACCGCGAGCACCUCGCCAUGAUGGAGAGGAUCCUCGGACCCAUCCCCUACAGAAUGGCACGCAAAACUAGAACAAAAUAUUUCUACCACGGCAAAUUAGACUGGGACGAAAAAUCGUCAGCAGGCAGAUACGUUAGAGAAAACUGCAAACCACUACUUAGGUACCUGCAAAGCACGUCGGAGGAGCACCGGCAGCUGUUCGAGCUGAUCGGCCGCAUGCUGGAGUACGAGCCGCAGCAGCGCAUCACGCUGCGGGACGCGCUCGCGCACCCCUUCUUCGCCAAGCUGCCGCCGCACCAGCGCCUCGGACACCAGUUUACAAGGCCAUCAUUCCUUAGGCAAUGACCGCGCGCGCUGCAACGGCGCCGGCGCGGGCGCGCGCUCUCGCUCGCACUCCCUGUCGCGGUGAGCCCGCCCGCGACUUGUGAAAACUUGUACAGUAAUGAAGUGAUAAGUGAUAAUUAUUUGUCGAACAUUGUAAUCUAGGUAAUAUUUUGUUGUGAAUCGGUACUUCUCAAUUUGUAUUUAUAAAAUAAUUAUUCGAAAUAAAGACUGUCGGUCUGAAACGUUA